AUGGCUGGGCAAGCAACUUGUUCAUGGAAUCUCACAAUAGUCUAUGGCAGCCCUCAUUCCCAGUUUCGGGUGGAACUUUGGAGGGAUAUUAGAAGAAUUGCGAUGGAGAUUAAAGGUGCAUGGUGUUUGUUAGGUGAUUUUAAUGCAGUUCUUCAAGACGGCGAAAGACAUGGUGGUAAGCAAAGGGCCAUCAAUAAAGGCGAUGCUGCGUUUAGGAAGUUAGUGAAAGAAUGUGACUUGAUUGACAUGGGGUUUCAAGGCUCUCCUUUCACAUGGAAACGAGGCAACUUAUAUGAACGUCUGGAUCGAGUGCUAAUCAAUUUAGAUUGGCAAGUGAUUUUUCCUCACGCGAAUGUCCUACAUUUACACCCUCUGAAGUCUAACCAUUGUCCAAUCAUGUUGAAGCUAGGUGGCAUGAUGAACUCAAGAAAUCAUCGUCGGCCUUUUAGAUUUGAAGCUGCCUGGCUUACUCAUCCGGAACUUCCAAAGGUUGUCUAUAACGGUUGGAAUGAACAAUCAGAAUGGGCUAACAAGAUGAGUUCUCUUCAAAAAUGUCUUGCCAACUGGAAUCGGACCACCUUUGGCAACAUUUUCUUCAAGAAACAGAGGCUUUUAAGAAGAUUAAAUGGUAUUUCUACAAAGUUAUCUCAUGAACGAAAUGACUUUCUUGAAGAGCUGUCUAAGAAACUAUGGAGUGAAUAUGAACAUGUUCUGAUACAAGAAGAGCUACUUUGGUUUCAGAAAUCCCGCUACAAAUGGCUUGAAUUGGGAGAUCGUGAUUGGAUAGAAGAUAGAGUAGAAUUGGAAAACUUGGCAACAAAUUACUAUAAGUCCCUAUUUGCUGAACCUGGUAAUAGUGAGCCCUUCUGUUUAUCGAAUGGAUUUCUUAACCUAUCGCAGGAAAUAAAAGACAUGUUAGCCUCUCCAUUUACUCAACAAGAAAUAUUUUCUGUUCUUCGUCAAAUGGGAGGUUUGAAAGCCCCGGGCCCUGACGGCUUUCAUGCUAUAUUCUUCCAAUCACAAUGGAACAUAGUGGGACCUUCGCUUUGUAAGCUACUCUUCUCAAUCUAUGAUGAUCCAAAGUUGGUGGCCGAUAUAAAUAAGACAUCCAUUACUCUCAUCCCUAAGGUAGACAAUGUUAUGUCUUUGAAACAAAUGAGACCUAUUAGUUUAUGCAAUGUGUCUUACAAAGUUCUCACGAAGAUGAUAGCCACUCGAUUAAGACGAAUUAUGGAGGAUUUGGUGGGCCCUAAUCAAUGCAGUUUUGUUCCUUAUAGGCAAACAACAGAUAAUAUCAUUAUAACUCAAGAGGUUAUUCAUUCUAUGAAGCAUAAAUCGGGUAACAAAGGAUGGAUGGCCAUUAAGAUUGAUCUUGAAAAAGCUUAUGACAGAUUAAAUUGGAACUUUGUUAGAGAUACGUUAGCUGAUAUCGGCCUACCUCAGAAAUUGAUUAAGCUAAUCUGGCAUUGUAUCUCGUCGCCCUCGAUGCAGGUUCUUUGGAAUGGGGAAGAUUUAUGUAUGGAAAGGCUUUUUCACCUCAUUAAAAUUGCUAAAGAUCAUCAUUUGUGGAAGCCAAUCAAAUUAUCAAAGAAAGGCCCACCUUUAUCCCAUCUAGCUUUUGCUGAUGACCUGAUUCUAUUUUCUGAAGCGUCUUUGGACCAGGCUGAAAUUAUCAAAGCUUGUCUGGAUAAUUUUUGUCACAGCUCGGGCAUGAAGCGUGGGAGGGUCUUUGCAAACCCUAAGGAUGACGGAGGGUUAGGUUUGAGGGAAUCACGCAAAGUUAAUAUUGCUUUCAUGAUGAAGAAUUGCUGGGCUUUAUGUUCUCAACUAGAAAAGCUUUGGGUCCGAGUGGUGCGUUCCAAAUAUGCCUGUGGUGAUGGGUCUAUUCCGGUUGUUAAUAAAAGAUCAGUGGCAUCUAACCUUUGGAGGGGAAUCUGCAACGCUUGGGUGGAAGUUCAACCUCAAAUAGCUUGGAAUGUAGGGGAUGGAUUACUUAUCAAGUUUUGGAUAGAUAGGUGGCUUCCGUCGAAGACUGUUCUCUACAAGGUGGUUGUUCAAGACUUGCCAAUAGAUUUCCAAAAUAAAACAGUGGCAGAAUAUGUUGGAGAGGAUGGAAGUUGGAAGCUUGAUACAUUCCGGUCGUUGCUACCUACUCCUAUUUGGUAUGAGAUCAUGGGUAUUGCGUCUCCUUCCCUUGAAAACGACAAGGAUUGUAUUGUUUGGGGUGGUUCAUGUGAUGGCAGGUUUUCUAUUAAAAGUGCUUAUGCUUCCCUGACUCCCUCACCUAGAAUGGAGUCAACAGACCUUUUUAAAAAGAUUUGGAAAUGGCCUGGUCCUGAAAGGAUUCGUUGUUUGUUAUGGAGGAUUUCACAAGAUAGUUUAUGCACAAAUGCUUGGAGGCUGUCUCGCUUUUUAACAUCAGAUGCUAGAUGUCCCCGUUGCCACAUGGAUCGGGAAACUGCUUUACAUGUUCUACGUUACUGUACAUUUGCACGUGAGAAAGAUAACCCAAAGUCACAUAUUCGAUGGACCCCUCCUCCCUCUAAUAUUCUGAAACUUAAUUGCGAUGGGGUGGUUGCGGAUAAUGCUUGUGCUUCGUGUGGAGGGAUCUUGCGAGAUAACAAUGGAGACUUUAUAUUGGCUUUCUCAGGUUUGAUUGGAAACUGUUCAGUGCUACAAGCUGAAUUAUGGGCCAUUUUUCAUGGUUUGAGACUGAUAAAGGAUAAAUUUCUCUCGUAUCAUAUAAUCAUAGAGUCUGACUCAGUAAUAGCUACUGAAUUCUUGAACAAAGGUUGUCCCAGAAUUCAUCCGUGUUACUCUCUUAUUAACCAAAUUGUCAGGAUGGCAGGAGAGUUUUACGAAGUAGAGUGUGUUCAUAUCCUUCAGAAGCCAAUCAAGUAG